AUGGCACUUUCGACACCCGUCGCACACUCGACUCUCGUCGCACGCUCGACCCCCGUCGCACUCUCGCGUUUGUCGCGACCGACCAAGUCGACGGCUUUAGGAGCCCUGCCACGUCACCCCUCACACGGCACUAUUAGCGCUUUUUCCAGCGGAAGGGUAUGGCGCUUUGGGUGGAACCGCGAUCCGCGAAAAGAGAUCGCUUCAAGCAUUCUUGCCUCCCGCCGAUCGAGUUUAUUUUUCAUUGGUUUACAUACCGGGUCAUUGGCUCUUAAUCUCCGCAAUUCCAGGAGACGAUCUGGCCGAUCAUCCCUCGUUAGUGUCACACGCGCGGCGCGCAAUGACGAGUCUAGAGUCACAGGCGGCGCGGCUACCGCGGCUCGCGGAAGCGGCGGAAGCAGCAGCGUAACGACGGACCUGCGGCGCGACGCGAAAUCCGACUUAAGGAGCGACGCGCAGAGCGGCCGUAGCGGCCGGAGCGGCGGCUACAGUCGUCCGCGCGACGGCGAGUGGGAGCGCGACAAGAAGGGCCGCGGGGGGCAUCAAGAGGUGCCACGUGGCGAAGGGUUUGUGGCUGAGGUCGCGACACCGGCAGGAGGAGUUGCUGGGCCGAGGGGGGGCGAGAUCUGGAAUUCCCAGUUGCCAGCUGGCGGGUGGCUGUGGGCGGCUGGUUUUGUCGUUACUGCUGCUACAGUGGCGUGGAUCGGAGGACGAGAGGGCGGCAAGAAAGAGAAAAAGAAAGAGGGGUUGCAGGAGCAGGGGAAAGGGCUUGUAACGAGUAAGGAGGCUGGUAAUAAGGAGGAUGGAAUAAGUUGGAAGGAUUGGGAGAGGAAGAAGAUGAAAGAGAAGAAAGUGGAAGGGUGGAGAAGGAGGGCCGAGCAAGAGAGGGUAGAGCGAGAGAGAGCAGAGAGAAUCAAGGGGAAGUGGGCGGGAGGGGAGGCGGUUGAGAGUGGUGGAGAGGAGUUGGGAGGGAUUGGCGGGAGCGAGGUGAGGGAUUGGGAGGACGGGAGGGGAAGGGGAGAGGCAGGGUUCGGGGUUUAUGAGGGAGAGGGAAGGGAGGAGAGGGGGUUUAACGGGAAGGUGAAUGGGGUGGCUGGGGGGGAGAGAGGCGGGGAAGUGGAUGUUCUUGUAGGGGGGGAUUGGGAGGGCGUGGGGAGUGGGGGAAGGGGGGAGGGGGCGUGGGGGGACGAGAGAGGGGGUGCUGUGGUGGAUAUUAGCGCAGAGGUGAGGGAGAGGAGGGAGGAGAGGGAGGAAGAGGAAGGGGAGAAGGGAGCGGAGGGAGAGAAGGGAGUGGAGAGGAAGAAGGGGGGACAGGGUGAGGAGGGGAUGAAGGGAGGACAGGGGGAGGAGCAGCAGGAGGAGCAGCAGGAGGAGGAUACAGAGGAGCUUAGGCGACAGGCAGCAAUGGCUGAUAUCCGCAGGAGUGCAGACUUAGUGAGGCGGCAGGAGCGGGAGGAGAGGGAGGAGAAGGAACGAGCGCGGAAGGUGAGUGCUGAGAUGCAGAGAUUGCUUGUGGAGAGAAGGAGGCGCGGCGAGGUGGUGACGCAGCAGGUGUUGGAUGCGGUGUGGGAGGAGGCAUGUGCGGUUGUGCUGGCUGUAGCAGGAAGCACCUCUGCUGACAAGACGGGGGCAGCAGCGGCAGCAGCAGCAGCAGGAGAAGGAGCUUUGGGAGAAAAGGACAUGGGGCAGAGGGGAUCAGAGGAGCAGCAACUAGAGGAGGUGAGGAGAGAAGGCGAUGGGCAGAGGGCGGAUGAGGGACCAGGCAGGCAGCAGCAGGUGCAGGCAGAGAGGCAGCAGUGGGAGUUGGAGGAUGCAAAGAGAAGGGUGAGGCAGCGAGCAGCGGCAGCUGCAGCUGCUGCCGGCGCUGCCGGUGCUGCCAGCGCUGCCGGUGCUGUCGGCGCUGCCGGCGCUGCCGGUGCUGCCGGUGCUGCCGGUGCUGCUGGUGCUGCUGGUGCUGCUGGUGCGUCUAGGGGUGGUGGGGCUGCUGCUGGUUGGGCUGCGUGGUGGGUGAAUGACGAUAGGCUGGUGACCCUGGUAGCGCGGGUGAUGCUGAACGAUGAAGGCGGGAGGGACUCGAUGCACGGGCUGACUCAGGAGGAGCAGGAGAGGUUCUUUGAUGCGCUCAACAGGCUGUAUGGGCCGGAUACUAAUGGGGACGGCUAUGAGGAGGACGGAGUUUCUGAGCUUGUGGAGAAUCUGAACUACGGCCGAGACGGCAUUUCGGUGAGCGAUCCAAUGGAUAUGGUGGUGCCGCGGAUGAGAGGAGAGAGGGGGGAUGAGAGAAAGGAGAGCAGCAAGGGGACCAUGCCUGCACCAGCAUCAGCAUCAGCAGCGCCUGCAGGCAGCGGCACUGCUUCAGGUGUUAACGGCACUGCAGCAGCCAACGCCCCUAAAUCAACCGAUGGCAGUGGUAGUGGUAGUGGUAGUGGUAGUACUGACGAGCUGCUAGUGCAGGCUUUUGAGUCGACUCAAAAAUCAACCGAUGGCAGUGGUAGUGGUAGUGGCAGUGGCAGUGGUAGUGGUAGUGGUGGUACUGACGAGCUGUUAGUGCAGGCGGUUUCACAGUACGUGAACGCUUCUGAUGCAGGCACGUUCAUUGAUGAUGGGGGUGCGGCAGAGAGCGAGCGUACGGCUGUGGGUGGUGAGAGUGGGGGAGGGGAGGGAGGAGAGGGUGUGGUGGUUAGUAGUGGGAGUGGGGGAGGGGAGGCGGGAGAGAGUGUGGUGGUGAGUGGUGGGAGUGUGGGAGGGGAAAAGGGAGAGAGUGUGGUGUGGGCGGAGGAUAUUAGAGCAAGGUAUGAAGACGAGAGGGACCCAGAUGUGAGGGAGGUGAUUCAGCAGCUAGGCAAAGACCUCCCAAGAUGGCUCUCAGAAGAAGAAAUUAAUUCUGCCCCGACUCUCUCACAGGUUGUAGCGGCAGGGAGGGACGGAGGCGAUCCGAAGCAGCGGGCAGCGGUGAAAAGUUUUCUAGAGAAGGUUCGGGAGGAGAAGGAGAGGUUUGGGGCGGAAGCUGUGGCGGAGAAGUAUUUGGAGCAGGCUCGGGAUGCGGAGGAGGAGGAGGCUCGGCGGAGGGGGGUGGUUCGGCCAGACCUGGACCGGCUGUGGUGGCUUGACCUGCAGGCAGUGUGGGUCGUCAUGAUAAUGCGUUGGAGCAGCAGUAGUGGCAGUCAGGGGCAGAGAGUGCAGAGGGUGCCAUACUCCUUCCAGCUCCCCCCUGAUUGGGGUUCUGCUGCUGCUUACUCUGCUGAGGGUGUUUAUAACGGGGAUACUGGAGCAGCAGAGGAUGCGUGGAUAGUGGUGGGGUUUGAAGACGUGGUGGAUGCAGCGCGGUUCAGUGAGGUGCUGAGGGUGUGGCUGCUGGCACACCCAGAGGAGCUGGAAGGAGGGGAGGAAGAGGGGGAGGAGGAUGAGAAGGAGGCGGCUGCUGGUGUGGCUGUGGAAGUGAAAGCAGUGCCGUGUGCUCCCAAGGUGAGUAUUUUCUACUGUCCCGCCUAUCCCCUCUGCCCACCUCAGGAGCUCUACUCGAGCGCCAAGGAGGCAGGCCAUCGAAUUCUCGUGGUGCAGCGGCAGCAGCUGCAAUUGGCUAUUGACAAGCCUUCACCUGACGCCCUUCCGUCCCUCCCAUGUUUCCCUCUCUCUGCCUGUCUGCCCACCUCAGGAGCUCUACUCGAGUGCCAAGGAGGCAGGCCAUCGAAUUCUCGUGGUGCAGAGGCAGCAGCUGCAGCUCACAGCAAUUGA